CUCCCAUUUUUGCAGAUUUGGAUUUCUAGGAAUCCUCUGCACGCCCUAUUCCAAACCGACGGCGAUUCAGCCUGAGUUCACUGCAGUGGUGGUGGCAGUUGGGUUUGGUCCCAAUUUGUUCCUCAAUUUCGAUUGGCGAGAUCUCAACAUCAUCAAAAUCAAGUAAAAAAUGGUGAAGAAGAAAGAGAGGUCGGUGAACGUGUCCGGAAAGCCAAAGCAUUCUCUCGAUGUCAACAGAGAUGCGGGUCACAAGAACAAAAGCGGCGGCACCGCCCGUACCUCCGCUACCGUUCGCCGUCUUAAGAUGUACAAGACGAGGCCGAAGCGUGAUGCUAAAGGAACAAUCCUUAAACACGAGUUGCAAUCUAAGGAGUUGCCAUCUACUCGUAUUCAACCUGAUCGUCGCUGGUUCGGUAACACUAGAGUUGUAAAUCAGAAAGAGCUUGAAUUCUUCCGUGAAGAGCUACAAAGUCGACUCUCAAGUAACUAUAAUGUUAUUCUGAAGGAGAGAAAACUGCCUAUGUCGCUAUUGAAUGAUCAUCAGAAGCAAGCAAGAGUUCACCUUCUUGAUACAGAGCCAUUUGCUGAUGCAUUUGGACCAAAGGGGAAGAGGAAACGUCCGAAACUAAUGGUCUCUGAUUACGAAUCACUGGUCAAGAAGGCUGAUGGUUCCCAAGAUGCAUUUGAAGAGAAACAUGGUGAUGCACCCGCAGAUGCAGGUGAGGAUGGAUUUAGAGAUCUAGUUCGCCAUACAAUGUUUGAAAAGGGUCAAAGUAAACGCAUAUGGGGUGAGCUUUACAAAGUCAUAGACUCUUCGGAUGUUGUUAUCCAGGUACUAGAUGCAAGGGAUCCCCAAGGCACAAGAUGCUAUCAUCUGGAGAAGCAUUUGAAAGAGCAUUGCAAACACAAGCACAUGAUUCUAUUGUUAAACAAGUGUGAUUUGACCCCUCCAUGGGUAACAAAAGGAUGGCUGAGAGUGUUAUCUAGGGAAUAUCCUACACUAGCAUUUCAUGCAAGUAUUAACAAGUCUUAUGGCAAGAAUUCUCUUCUGUCGGUGUUGAGACAAUUUUCACGCUUAAAAAGUGACAAGCAAGCCAUAUCAGUUGGAUUCGUGGGGUACCCCAAUGUUGGCAAGUCAUCAGUAAUUAACACGCUUCGUACAAAAAAUGUUUGCAAGGUUGCUCCAAUUCCUGGAGAGACUAAAGUUUGGCAGUACAUCACCCUUACAAAGAAGAUAUUCUUGAUUGACUGCCCUGGUGUUGUUUAUGGCAGUAAGGAUACAGAAACUGAUAUUGUUUUAAAGGGCGUGGUGCGAGUCACAAAUUUGCAUGAUGCCACAGAGCACAUUGGCGAAGUUUUAAAACGUGUCAAGAGAGAGCACCUUGAAAGAGCAUACAAGAUAAAAGAGUGGGAAGAUGAUAAUGACUUCCUGGUUCAGCUAUGCAAAUUAUCGGGCAAACUUCUGAGGGGAGGCGAACCUGAUCUGAUGACUGCUGCAAAGAUGGUUUUACACGAUUGGCAGAGGGGUAAAAUACCCUUUUUUGUCCCCCCACCAAAGCAAGAAGGCACGACAGACGAACCCAAAGAUGCUAAUGUCGUGGAGAAAGAUGUGGCGGUUGAUGAUAACAAAGAAUUGGCAGCUAGAAGAACGAUUGAARYUAUUGUUUCGUCACAACAGCUAAAAGACGUUCCUGUCCAAGAGGAUCUCUUCACCAAGAACGAGUUAGAGGGGGAGGAUGCAAAUGAACAAGAAUMAUAGAUUUCCCUUUCUGGUGGUUUCGAGAAAAGCGUCGAUCUUUAUUUACCGCYUUUUGUCAYUCCAUUUUAGUGGUUUCGAGAAAAGGGUCAAAUCUUUAUUUAGCGUUUUUAUCGUUAAUUUUGAUAGAUGAUAAGAAAAUGUUUCUUUGUAGUUUUAAUUGGUUUGUAUCCUGAACACAUUCUCAUAUAAGUUCUUCAAGUCAUGCUUACACUUGAUGGUCGUUGUAUUUGAAUUUUAGCAAAA